GGGCGGGAGGGGGAGCUGCCGCGGCCGCGCUGCCGCGACGAGUACAACUUGGGCGACAUCUUCUUGGGGGUGGAGUACAUCCACCAGCAGUGCCGCGUUAGUGGGGAGGACUUCGACAGCGUGCUGGUGGUGACAGCAGCCCAUGGGUUGUGCCAUUUGCUUGGCUACCAGCACAACACAAAACCCGAGUGGCAACAGAUGUACGAGAAGGAGGUGGAGAUCCUGGAGGAGCUGAACCAGCUCACAGGGGCCAGCCUCCAGCCCCUGACCGCAGGCCUCUUCUGA